CAUUCAUUCGCGUACCGUCUGUCGUCUCGUUAUUUUCUGUGUUUCCCGUAACGUUGUCCGCGCCGUCUCGCACAAGACGUUUUUUGACGUAACCUUAUCAGUAUAAUAUUAUAAUAAGAUUUGUGAUAGUGUUAUAUUAUUAUUAUUUUUUUUUUUUUUGUUACCGUACGGGUACGGCGUGUCAGAUUGUAUCGUUUCGCGACUUGUGUGCCGUGCGGUUUUUUUUUUUUUUACAAAUUUAAUUAAGUGCGUCGGAAAUGGUGAAUAACUCGUCCAACAGCAUGAUGCUGGACGAAGCGUUCUACGACGACCAAACGGUGAGGCCGAAAAUGAACGGAUCGAGCGAGGUGAACCUGUUGAAAAGGCCAAUGACUUUGGACUUAAACGCUUGCAAUUCGGAGAACUCUGCGAAAAAAUCCAAAUUCCCCGGACCGUUCCUGACGUCCCCGGACUUGCGUAUGCUCAAGCUCAGCUCUCCAGAGCUGGAAAAAUUCUACCUGUCCCAACAGUCUAUCCUGCCCCUCAUAAACACCCCCACGCCGUCGUUGUUCCCAAAGUCGGUAACCGAAGAACAAGAGAUGUACGCACAGCCGUUUGUCGAGGCGCUUCACAGCCUGCGCAACCACGACUCCAACAGCGCCAUCCAAGUGGACAUACCGAUGACCAGCAGCGGCAGCAAUUCGUCGGAAUACCAGUCUGAACCGCAGUACUCGGUGCUGAUGCCGCCCAACGACUUCUCCAACAUCAUACCUCAGCACGUCAUCAAAGAGGAACCCCAGACCGUACCCAGUGUGGCAUCGUCAUCGCCGCCAAUGUCGCCCAUCAACAUGGAGUCCCAAGAGAAAAUCAAACUGGAGCGCAAGCGACAAAGGAAUCGGGUUGCUGCAUCUAAGUGCCGUCGGAGAAAACUGGAACGCAUUGCUAAACUAGAAGACAAAGUGAAAAUUUUAAAAACCGAAAACAGCGAACUUACCACGGUAUUGAACAGGCUCCUAGAACAGAUUUGUCAAUUAAAACAGACUGUUGUCGAACACAUGCACAAUGGCUGUGAGUUUGCCGUCAAUUGCCUAUGACCCUUACAAAACAAUUCUAUUGGCAUUACCAUUAAAUACAUCCUAAAUUUGGAUGACACUUCCUGCCUGUCUGUGAGUUUUCCAUACUUUUCUAGUAAAAAAAAAAAAGUGUAACUGUUGAAUUGCUUCAAAAAUUGCUCAAUUCUUUGUAGCCUAUUUCAAAUAUGUAUUUAAUUUUUUAUAUAUAUAUAUAUAUAUAUAUAUAUAUAUAUAUAUAUAUAUAUAUAUAUGUAUAACUAAAGUGUAUUAUUAUUGUAUAAGCCUAUGGCCUACAUGUUAAAUUAUAAUAAAUAUUUAUAAAAAAAAAAUCAAAUUUUUAUAUAAUGCCAAACGUGUGUGAUUAUUGGAUUAUCGGUUAUUGUUUGCAAAUAAAUUAUCACAUUUAAUAUGGACUAUACCAAGCUUUCAUACGUCAGACUUUUUUUAUUUACCGAAUUGUUUAAAAAUACUUAUUUUUUUAAACUCAUUAAUGAUUGCACGUUACCUAAAAUGUCGUUCAACGUGUAUAAUGCUCAAUUUAUACCCGGUCGAUAGAUGUAAAUGGGAUUAAUUGUUUCUUUUUUAUUAUUGUUAAACGCAGUUGAACAUGCAUAUUUAAUAUUUACGGAACUCCUAAUUUUAAGUCAUUUUUUGUAUGAAACACCUUGUACCAGUGUUGCCUCUUUGUGUAAUGAGGGUUCCACGUUUUCACCAUAUUUUAUAAGUGAUAUCAUAUUGUACUUUUAUACAUAAAAAAACAACGCAAUAAAACUUGACUAGCAAUACACAUUUAUAUACUUUUAAGCUUUUUACCAGACAAUAAAAAAAUAGGCCAAAGUAAAUUUAGUCAUAUAAUUUUUUGUAAUGCCAUUUUAAUUAUAAUUGUAUAUUGAAACGAGAGCCGAUAUUGAGGCGUUUGUCUUGUUCUCGUAUUUAUAUUUAUAUUAUGUGUUUUAUCCCUCCGUAUUUAAAAUGCAGACGACUCGAAGUGUAUCGCAGUUAUGUUCCUAGGUGCUCUACUUUUGUAACGAAGUGAAUGAAUAAAUAUUUAUAAAAUAUGUUAAUUAAACGUUCAUAUAAUUAUUGUAAACGAAGCGGGGAGAAAAAUAGCAAUCGUAAUAUUAUGUUUGAAUUCUGAUAUAUAUUUAUGUAUUAAAAUACAAUUUUUUUUUUUUUUUAUUCUAAGACACAAUAAUAUAAAAUGUAAUGUAAUUAUUAUUGUAAGAGAAAAUUUUAUUUAUCGUGUGCAAAAUGAUUAUUGUGAUUUAAAAAUUAUUAUUAUUAUUUAUUUUUUUUUUUUUUUAGUUAUGUUAAGGCUUUU